GGAGCAGCUGCAAAUUGGACUGGUGAAAUGUUUCAUUUCUUCUAUUCACAUAGAAAAUCAGAGUGCACACAAAGGCAGGCUUGUUCUACAUGACAAGUCAGAGUGCUGAGAUGACAAAACGCCAGUGCUAUUUGCUGUCACACAGCAGGAGCUGCCGCACGGACACUUUCCCGUACCCAGGGUCAGACUGCAAGGAUUUUGAGGAUAUCUUUGGUAAUCUUCUUCAGCUGAUGCCUGGCUUCGUCACGCUCUUUCCCGACUCCGUAGAGAAGGAUUGUGCGCUGGUUACAUUCAUGACUUGAAGAUUCAUCCUGAAAAACAGCAAUAGCCUCUGAAGCCAGUUUGCAGGGCUGGGGGCACGUUUUAUACUCCUGACACACGCUAAGUCACAGCCUCUCCAUGCCUGCUUGCCGGGGUGGUGUCUACCUGCUCUGCGGCUCAGCUCCACCAGCGGCACCGCCCGUUUUUCCAGUUUGGAACAUGCUAAAGUAAAAUAGUAGUUGGUGCCAGCCGACCUGAAGCACUUGAUGUGGGCGUACCCUACAGAAACACUCAACAUUGUAUUACUGAAAACUCAGCAGAUUCUCUACCACAGAGGGCUUUGGCAACGAAACCAAGUCACUGAGAGGAAAGCACCAGAUGCCAGUCUGCAAGUUCUACUAACUAGUAUUACCGGAGACACUCAUUUCCUUCCGAGUCAACAGAAUAACCAGGACCAUGGAGGUGCCUGGUGCCAACGCCACCUCAGCCAACACCACCUCCAUUCCUGGGACCAGCACCCUGUGCAGCAGAGACUACAAGAUCACCCAGGUUCUCUUCCCAUUGCUCUACACUGUCCUGUUUUUUGCUGGGCUCAUCACGAACAGCUUGGCGAUGAGGAUUUUCUUCCAGAUCCGCAGUAAAUCCAACUUCAUCAUUUUUCUUAAGAACACGGUCAUCUCUGAUCUUCUUAUGAUCCUAACUUUUCCUUUCAAAAUUCUCAGUGAUGCCAAACUGGGAGCUGGGCACCUGAGAACCCUGGUGUGCCAAGUCACUUCAGUCACGUUUUACUUCACAAUGUACAUCAGUAUCUCGUUCCUCGGAUUGAUAACCAUUGACCGAUACCUGAAGACCACCAGACCAUUUAAAACUUCCAGCCCCAGCAAUCUCUUGGGUGCGAAGAUUCUUUCUGUUGCCAUCUGGGCCUUCAUGUUCCUGCUGUCACUGCCUAACAUGAUUCUCACCAACAGGAGGCCAAAAGAUAAGGACAUAACGAAAUGUUCUUUCUUGAAGUCGGAGUUUGGUCUGGUCUGGCACGAGAUAGUCAAUUACAUCUGCCAAGUCAUUUUCUGGAUUAAUUUUUUAAUUGUUAUUGUUUGUUACAGCCUCAUUACAAAAGAGCUCUAUAGGUCCUACGUCAGAACGAGGGGUUCAGCCAAAGCUCCCAAGAAAAGGGUGAACAUCAAGGUUUUCAUCAUCAUUGCUGUGUUCUUCAUUUGCUUCGUUCCCUUCCACUUUGCACGGAUUCCCUACACCCUGAGCCAGACACGGGCCGUCUUUGACUGCAAUGCCGAGAACACUCUGUUCUACGUGAAGGAGAGCACCCUGUGGCUGACGUCCUUGAACGCCUGCCUUGAUCCAUUCAUCUAUUUCUUUCUUUGCAAGUCUUUCAGAAAUUCCUUGAUGAGCAUGCUGAGGUGCUCAACAUCCGGGGCAAAUAAGAAGAAAGGACAGGAAGGUGGGGACCCAAGCGAGGAGACCCCAAUGUAGAAUGUUACAGGGGGGGAGGACGGGAGGGUUGCUUCAGUCUUUAGUGUCCAGACUCCUCCAAGGAAAUCACCACAUAAAUAUAUUAACAGUCUCUAAAAAGAAGCCGAGUUAUGACUCUUUAAAUAAGCAAUAAACCAAGGAAAUAAUUUUUAUCUAUUUUUGUAAUAUAUAUAUAUAUUAUAUAAAAUAGAUAGAUGGAUAAAAUCCUCACCUGCAUGUGUAUAGUAAAAUAAACUGUAUCCCAUUGCUAUACUGCAGGCAAAACCACAAAAAAAAAAUUAAUGAUUUACCUGGUUUCUACAAAAUUAGCAACAUGAAACGUAAUAUCCACUGUCAUUUUAAAAUACAUUACCAAUCGCAAUAUUAUUUCUGUAAUAAAUGAGAAACUAUGUUUGAUCUGAUACAUCAAGCACAGCAAUUACCAACUUCCCAUUCAUAACAAGGACAAUGACAAGACGAAAGACUUAGAUCAAAUGAAAUCCACUGGAUAAGGCCUGAAUUAUUAUAAACUCACAUUCUGAUGGUAGAUGUUUAAAAGGUGUGUCUUACCAUGAAGAAUGGACACAAGAAUAAAAUCAUUAACUUAACGAGAGUAAACUUUCAUAACGUUCUAAUAUUUUUUUAAAAAAAUGACUACUUCCUUAACACUAGAGAAAUCAUUUUACUAAGAGUCUUGAGUUUACUGGGUACAGUGCCAUUGUUGGUACUCAUCUGCUAACUAGCUUUGGAAAUGCUUGCUGCUUGACUGAAAAGAACACUUCGUAGUAAGAAAACAUAAGUAACUAUAAUUACCAAAUCACGUAUCACGUCUACCAAUAUGAAAGUGAUUGAAUACUUGAGAUUACCUGUUCAUAAUCAUGUGUAUAAUAUUAAAAGGCAUUCAUUCUA